GCAAUCAUCACCAAUUCCAAACAUGCUUCUCUUCAUGUUCUUUCUAAUCCUACAAACACUAGAUUCUGAAUCAGCAGCAGCACCAAAAGCCAAUUGCCAGAUAAAAUUAAACUCCACACUCUCCACAAAUUCCUCAUGGCUCUCCCCUUCCGGCCGCUUCGCCUUUGGUUUCUACCUGGAAGGCAGCGACGGCUUCAAAGUCGGAAUACAGUUCAUAGAAUUACCAAAUAAGACAACAGUCAUUUGGACAUCACACAGAGAUGACUCACCAGUCUCCAAAAAUGCAACUUUAAUGUUUGGCGAAGGAGGUCUCAAGCUCCUCCUGGCAACCUCACAAGGCGAGGACCAGAACAUUGUUAACUUGGGUCAAACAUCUGUUUACUGUGCCUCCAUGCUGGACUCUGGCAACUUUGUCAUCUAUGACAACAACAACACUGUUCUAUGGCAAACAUUCGACUUCCCAACUGACACACUAAUGGUAGGACAGGUGCUGCACAAAGAAACUGAGCUCAUCUCAAGCGUCUCUGAAAUGAAUCAUUCCAGUGGGAGGUUUCGGCUUCUAAUGCAAUUCGAUGGCAACCUGGUCAUGUAUCCUGUGGGGACUGAUGAUAACACUGUCAAUGCCUACUGGGCUUCAUAUACAGCCUCAGAGCCAUACGACAACCUGAACCUCAGUCAGGAUGGAAUCCUCUUUCUUACAAAUUAAUAUAAUGAAUCACAGCGUCAAGAUUUAACA